AUGAACCGGAAGUCGAUCGAUUUGUCGCUGAACGAGGCGGGCUACGAGUACGCGAUCGGCUACACCCGAAAUCUCUUCCUGCCGUUCGGCAUCUGGCCGGUCCGCGACUACGAGGAGAGCCGCGGGGCAUCGCGCGCCCGCGCCAUCGCCAACUUUCUCUGCCUGUUCAUACUGUUCUUCGUCGUCGGGCCCUACUUCGUGCAGACUUUUCUGAUAGAAAAGGACAAUCAGGUGAGGAUAAAAUCGACCGGCGCCUGCGUCUUCGGCAUCACGAACGUCGCCAAGUACCUCGUGUUCCUCCUACGAGGCCAUCGAAUCGGCUCGUGUCUCGCCGAGAUGCAUCUCGACUGGCGCUCCAUCACUAACGAUCCUCAGCGCCGACUGAUGCUGCGCAACGCCCGGGCGGCUCGCCUACUCACCUGCUGCAGUUUCGUCUUUAUGUUCGGCGGCGGGGUGCCCUACGUCACGGUCCUCCCCCUCAGUCAACCGCCCCUCUUGUCGGCCGACAAUCGCACUCUGUUGCGACACCUCAGCUAUCCGAGCUACUUCGGCUUCUUCGAGCCGCGAGUCAGGCCCGUCUACGAUCUGGUGUUCUCGGUGCACUUCUGCUUCGGCAUACUGGCCUUCUCGCUGACCACGGGUCUUUGUAGCUUCAUAGCCAUGUGCACGCUGCACGUGGCCAGUCGCUGCGCCUUCGUCUCGGCCAUGUAUCGCGAGCUCGGACGGAAUUUCGAUCGAGAGCUUCUGAGCCGAGUCGUGCUGCAGCAUCGACGAAUUAUCGCGUAA